UUUGCGUUACCGAGUUUUUAUCAAAAUCAUUUUCUCAUUCAGGUGGAUUAUUCAAGUGAAAAAAAAAAUGAAGUCGUUUUCUCUGUUAACCUUUUCAUUGCUUUUGGUUUUUGUUCAGGUCAUAAAUUGUGACUCUGUUACAUUCGAGCAAGUAGUACAGAGUUUCAUUGCUCACUCAAAGGCCAAAAAAUUAAAUUGAAGUCGACUUUAAGUUUCAUGACCGAUAUAUCCGAAAAAGCAGCCAAUGUAAAAACUGAAUAUCGAUCAGUGGCCCCAUUCAUUACAAAAGAUAUGAAACUAAAAGUGUUGGCAAAGGUUCCAAAAGAGAUGCAAAUUGACGGAAAAAAUGCUCGAAGAUUUUUAUCGAGAGAAAUCACCUCAAUUAAUUCCAUACGAAUGAUAAACAUCACGAAAUUGAAUGAAGAGAUAAUUACUGGAUUGAAUUUUAAUUCGCCCAGUGACUAUGAUAAUGAAUUUCGUGAACCAUUUGAUGCUUCAUUCAAUAGCUGGAAUGAGACACCAGUUAAAAAGGCCGAUCUGCAGAGAGUUGAAAAACAUUUGAAAGUUAUGCUAGCUCAACAUGCAAAAUUGGAAGAGAGAUUUGAUAGAGUAGUGUCAACAAUAGCCAAUUUAAUAUUUCGAGCGAACGCAGUUCAAACCAUUGACUGUGAAAUAAGCUUCGAUGACAUUAUCGAUGCAACUGACACCGAAGUAAUAACAUCUAUUAUUAAUGAUAGGCUACUUGCGAAACUUAAUGAAAUGACGCAAAAACAAUCGGAAUUAUCAGUUCAACUAGAAGACCUGAAAUCCAUUAUAAGCAGAUAUAACAUUCAACGUACUAUUUGGGCAAGGUUUAUUAUUGGAACGGAGAAAACUCCGAGAUCAGCUUAAAAAGAAUGACACGUAUUGAUGAAUUCACUGAAAGUUCUUAGUUCAAUUAAAAGUAAAAAAAUGGAUAUUUGUUUUUAAAUUCAAAACGAAAACCCAAAAUAAAUAUUCGCCUACUGUUUUCAACAAA